AGCAUGUGCUAAUCUGAAGCCUGGAGACGUUUUGGUUUUGCGGCUUUGCUCCGAUGGGCAGCACUCCCAAUGAAAGCGAUUCCGAUGCGAAGGGCGCGGGUUUGGGGGCGUGGGAGCGCCGUCUUUGGCAAACGACCGACGUGGUGAUCGGCGUUGACGAAGCGGGGCGCGGUCCCUUGGCCGGGCCAGUUGUUGCAGCUGCAUUUGCCGCCCUGUCGCAAGAUGACGAGGUGCUGGACUUGCUGAGUCGUGUGAACGACUCCAAGCAACUGGCAGAGCAGCAGAGGGAGCAACUGUUCCAGGAGCUUACCGACCCCAAGUUCAAGAAGCGGGUGAUUUGGGCCAUUGCUGAGUCGUCUGCUGCAGAAAUUGAUGCCACCAACAUCUUGCAGGCAUCUCUAUCCGCCAUGGCCCGAGCGGUGCGUCUUCUAGAGCUUGGAGAGCGUCUCCCGGAGUCUCAUGUACUUGUGGACGGCUGCAACCGGCCGCCGGAGCUGUUGCACCAGGGAGAGAAAUGGACACGGCUGUCACAGCGGGACCUGGAAGCACGCAAGAACCAACAGAAGCUUUCCCAGUUCUUUGCAAGUGUACCGAGCCAAAGCAAGGGGAGCGAGCACGAGAAGCCCAAGGAGGUUGAGGCUGUCAUCCAGGGUGACGGCCGUGUGCCGUCCAUCUCUGCUGCCUCGAUCAUCGCAAAGGUGCACAGGGAUAGGCUGAUGGAAGCCAUGGACCGCGAGCAUCCUGCCUUCGGCUUCAAGCUGCACAAGGGCUACGGCACGGAGGCGCACCUCCAAGCCAUCCGCACGCACGGCAUAUGCCACGAGCACAGGAAGACCUUCGGACCUGUGAGGCUCCUGCUUGAGCAGAAGAACGUUGACAUUUGCAAGGCAUUGGCAGCAACGCCAAAACGCUCCAACACGGAGAUGGGUCUUGCGAAGAGUCCGCCAAAGGAAGGCUUGUACUUUUGGUGCAAGUUCUGCACCCGUCACCCACAAGCUCGAUUGGCACGUGUCGCGAAGAAAAGAAAGGCAAAGAAGCGAUGAGUGUCGAUGAGCGCUGGGAUCGAAGGGAGCACCUGUGGGCAGGUGCAGGGGGAUCAAGCGUUCCACGUGCG